UUGUUGUCAAACAGUAGGAGUGUUGAGAGCAUCCAUCCUCAGAUCUUCUCGCAGGAGCAUCUCUAAUACAGCAGAGCACAAGCAGGCCAACAACUAGAGCCUUCUACUACUGGUGCAGUGUCAAACAGCAGUCACAUUACUGACAGUGUUGCAUAAAGGCUAAUAUAAAAAGUCACAUCUGAGACCUAACAGGCUUCAGUGUAGAUGCAUCUUCCAGUGGGGCUGAACAACAUGGGACGGCCGCGUUACGCGUCAUUAUUGUUUCUUAUCUGCUCCCUUUUUCAGACAAAUGCAUUGACAACAUGUGGAACCAAGCAGUUCCAGUGUGGGAAUGGGAAAUGCAUCUCAGCGAGAUGGGUGUGUGAUGGCACAGAUGACUGCGGAGACGGCACAGAUGAGCUUCCUGGUACCUGCCUUACCAAAACGUGUAGACCGACAGAGUUCAGCUGCGCGGACCGCCUUAACCAGUGUGUACCAAGCACCUGGCACUGUGAUGGAAAAGCUGACUGUGAGAAUGGAGCUGACGAAGAGAGCUGUGCGCCAAAGCAGUGCACAGACACAGAGUUCCGCUGCAGGAACGGACAAUGCGUGUCAUCCUCCUUCGUGUGUGACGACGAGGCUGACUGUGACGACGGCAGCGACGAGGCCUCCUGCCCGCCCGUCACCUGCAGCGCCACGUCCUUCCAGUGUAACAACACCGUUUGUCUUCCACGCCUGUGGGCCUGCGACGGAGACACCGAUUGCUCAGACGGCUCGGACGAGUGGCCCCAGAACUGUGGUACAAAGACACUUGACACUGCUGCCACUAAUCACUGCUCAUCCCUGGAGUUCCGCUGUGGCAGCGGCGAAUGCAUCCACGGCAGCUGGAAGUGUGAUGGGGGAGCUGACUGCCUCGAUCGAUCAGAUGAAGCUGACUGUGCUCGUUCCACCUGCCGUCCUGAUGAGUUUGAAUGUGGUGAUGGCACUUGCAUCCAUGGGAGCCUCCAGUGCAACCAUCAAUACGACUGCAAGGACAUGAGUGAUGAAACUGGCUGUGUCAAUGGUAUGUAUCUCCUGCCUUACCCUUCCUCUCCUGAUCGUUACCAGCCAAAUGAACUGCAAACUCUCCAUCUGUGUCUACAACUGAAUCUUUAUUUCUCAUGCACAGCAACCCACUGUGAGGGCCCAACCAGGUUUAAGUGCCGCAGUGGGGAAUGUAUUAGCAUGGAGAAAGUGUGUAACAAGCGGCGUGACUGCAGGGAUUGGUCAGAUGAGCCUCUUAGGGAAUGUGGCUCUAAUGAGUGUCUGUACAACAACGGCGGCUGCUCACAUAUUUGCAAUGACCUGAAGAUCGGCUAUGAGUGCCUGUGUCCUGCUGGAUACCGCCUGGUUGAAAAAAAACGCUGUGAAGAUAUCGAUGAGUGUGCCAACCCGGACACCUGCAGCCAGAUCUGCAUCAACCAGAUAGGCAGUUACAAAUGCCAAUGUGAGGAGGGUUACCAAGUUGACCCGGCAACCAGAGCCUGCAAGGCCAUCGGUACAAUAGCCUACCUUUUCUUCACCAACCGUCAUGAAGUCAGAAAGAUGACUUUGGACAAAAGUGAGUACACCAGAGUAAUCCCUCGUCUAAAGAACGUUGUGGCUCUCGACAUGAACAUGGCCACCAAAGAGAUCUACUGGUCGGACAUCUCUCAAAAGAAGAUCUACAGAGCUCAGAUGGACUCGGCUGAAGACUCCACUCAUCACAGCGUGGUCGUCGGUAAUGACAUUGAUGCUCCUGAAGGCAUCGCUUUUGACUGGAUCCAUGGUAACCUGUACUGGACUGACAGCAUUCACAGAACUGUCUCUGUGGUAAAUGCUGACGGUAGUCACCGCAAAACUCUCUUCCACCAAGACUUGUCUAAACCCCGCUCUAUUGUGGUUGACCCCCACACCAACUUCAUUUACUGGACUGACUGGGGGAACCCCGCUAAGAUUGAGAGGGCAGGUCUUAAUGGAGGAGACCGCACUGCCCUGGUCUCUGACAACAUUGUCUGGCCUAAUGGGAUUACAAUCGACCUGUUGAACCAGCGGCUCUACUGGGUGGACUCUAAGCUGCACACCCUCUCCAGUAUCGACGUACAGGGCGGUGCUCGACGCACCCUCAUCAUUGAUGAAAACAAGCUGGCUCACCCGCUGGGACUGACAGUGUUUGAGGAAAGAGUGUUCUGGACAGACGUCAGUAACAAUGCCAUCCUCAGUGCAAACAGGCUGACGGGUGGUGACAUCACACCACUUGCGGAGCACCUAUCCUCACCAGAAGACAUUAUUCUUUACCAUAACCUCAAACAACCUGCUGGAAGAGAUUGGUGCCAGGUAUCCAGCUGUGAGUUCUUGUGCCUGGCAGCUCCUCAAGUGGGAAGACAUCCCCCCAAAUAUACAUGUGUCUGUCCAGAUAACAUGAUGCUAGCGAGGGAUAUGAGGUCAUGUGUACCUGCUGUGCCAACACCUGCAGCUCCUGUGCAGCCUCAAGUUCCAGCUACCAACUCCCCUCAUCGGCCACCAGUGCCAGCCAGCACCACACCUAAGCCCCAGGCCCGCACCACCACAGUGCCCAUCAUAAUCACCAGCACCGCGGCAAAGCCAGUGCCACGCACCACCAAGCCUCCUGUAAGGAGCACCACACCUGAACCAAGAACCCCUUCACCACAGCCGAUGAAGCCUAAAAUUCUUCAGACCACCACAGAGGCUCCAGUCACUUCUCCAGAUUUCCACCAGGGAUUUGCCGCAGCUAUACCCGACACUGCCUCCACCACCCCAGUGGCUCUGUAUAUUGUGUUACCUCUGGCGAUAAUUUGUCUGGUGGCUGUUGGCAGCGUGCUGCUGUGGAGGAACUACAGGCAGAAGAACACCAACACGAUUCACUUUGAUAACCCCGUCUAUCAGAAAACCACUGAGGACCAAGUCCACAUUUGGAGGAGCCACAGCCCUGACGGUUACUCCUACCCAAAAAGACAAGUUGUGAGCUUGGAUGAAGAGGCAGUCAAUCCAGCCUUCAUGGAAAACUGAAAACUAAUGUCUGGCAGAGUGGAAAGAAGAGCCUCAUUGAUGGGCUACCUUGGACAUACUUUUGUAUUUUUACCUCACUCAGCACAAAGAUACGGAAGUCAAAGCCAAUAUCAGACAAGCUUGAACCACUAUAUCCUCACAGAAAAACAAGCGCUCUAAAGUGGAAUAACCAGGGUGAUACUUUUUUUUCCAUCACGUUGACAAUCCAUUCCUCACCAAAUCAUACCAAAUCAUCUGACAACUGGAGAUCUGUGUCAUUGUCAAAGACACAUAAUGCCUCGUUUUUCAUGUAACAGUUUAACUGAGCUCAUUUAAUGCAACUGAUAAUUGGGAAUUCCCUCCAACUCAUAUAACGCAGAAUUCUACAAAUUAGUGUAUUUUUGUCUGUUUAUGGAACAUUAUGAAAUUUUAUUUGGCCACGCUCAUGUCUGUAUAGUAUAUAUAUGGCUAAAGGCAGCUUAGCUCAAAGGCUGGAAGCAGGUAGGCUGGCUCUUUCCAAAGGUAACAAAAUCCAUUGACCAGCAUCACAUAUAUAUAUUAUUGCGUAACUUUCUGGAGUUAUUGCAAGUUGGCUGGCAACUCCCUAUAAAAUGGAGAAUUAUUUUUGUUUUUGUACAUAAUAAAUAAUUGCUUUAGAGGUGCUGGUUGGUUGAUUUUGUUACCUUUGGACAGAGUCAGGCUUGCUGUUUACCCUCCACACUUUGUGCUAAGCUAAACCAACUGACUACUGGGUCCAUCUACAUAUUUAAUAAACAGACUUGGGACCUGGAUCAAUCUUUUCAUCCAACUCUUGACAAGAAAGUGAAUGAGUGUAUUUCUCAAAAUGUCGUACUGUUCCUUUGAUUAUGAAGCUGGAGCCAGGAGAAGGUUACCUUAGCAUUAAGACUUUUUUACGUUUUGUUUUCUGUGUGGACUACUCAAACAAUAAGCAUUAGAGUUGCUAGUUGGUAAAUUUUGUUACCUUUGGACAAAGCCGAACUCGCUGUUUCUCCUCUUCACACUAAGCUUAGCUAAGCUAAGCUAAUCACCGUACGCCUCUAGCUAUGAACUCGACACACACGAUUGUGGAAUCAGUCUUGUCUUCUAACUCAAACUCAAGAAAUCUGAACCGGGCUUUUAUCCCAUGUCAAAUACUAACACUAGAGUUGAUAUAACGUUGAGCAUACAUUAGGUGAAUGUAAUACUGAAAAGCAUGUACCACUUUAACCAGCGUGACCUCCGUAAGUCUCAUAAUGAUGUGUGCGUGUGUGUGUGUGUGUAAUUUUGAGUUUUACACCAGUAGUGGAGUGGAAAUAUCAUCCAAAGGGACCUAAAGACACAGCUAUAGUCAGCCUUAAAGGGUACACACUGCACACUGUGUUUAUGCCUUAUAUUGUACACUGUGAUAGAUUUCAGGUUUCACCCAUCACCAUAUGGUCACAACACAAUGUUUUUCAGCAGCUGCCUGAGUCAGCUCCAUUCUCCCGAUUUUUUUCGACUGUCUGUGCAUUGGGAGGCCAUCUUCAAAUGUUCCCUCCCUAUGCCCCUCUUGGGAGGACCAGUGUAUUCCUCAAAGACCUCAAAGACCAAAAGCUUUAAUGCAACCAUGUGUGACCAAUGGGGCAGAGUCUAAGGAUCUGUACCGUGGCACGUGUAUAUUUACAUCCUCCCUUUGGACCAGAACUUCAACUUACCUUGUUCCAGCAUUCCUGACAAAAGAAAGCAAUGUGCCCUGUCCUGUUUUUUUAAAAAGCAGCUCUCACCAGUCGGUUGAGCUCAUUUAUUUUUAUUGCCGACAGAUGUGUGCCUUUUUAAUGACAUAUUUUGUUCACAUGUUCAAGUUGGUGCUAUUGAAAAAUCAAUGUGGUUUUGUUACACUUAACAAAGACGUUCUCGUGAUGUCUCUUUGAACGUCAAGAGGCUUUUAGGUAGUAAAAAGUGCUAGUGAAACUGUUCAUAAAGUAAUUUUACAUUCACUGACUAACAGUGCAGGUUAAGCUGUAAAUAUAAUGUUCAUAAAUGUAAAUAAUUAUUAUUUACGGGGUUGUUUUUUUUGGUAAUAAUAUCAGUGUAAGACUUUGUUGUAAACUUUAAACAUUUGAUGUACAUAAAUAAAUGCUUCUAUUUAUUAUAGAA